AUGUUUCCACUAUUCUUGGUGUUGUUUCUUUUCUUUGGAAAGUCUUCGGGAGUCAUCUUUAGCUUGAAUGUGAGCGAGUACAACAAAAUGCCGGCUCUGUACGGGCUGGACGACUAUGAGGAGUGCAUGGUGGAGCCAGGGUGGACCUACUGCAUGAUAGAUGUGGAUUUACACAAGGGCAACAAUGCUCAGCUGAUGAGGAUGAUACAGGAAUAUUCAGACCACAGGAUGAAACACUUCAAUCACACACAAAUACACCGAGGAGUGUGUGUCACACACACUUGUAGACAAUUCACAAGAGUUCCUCACUCGAACGAAACGUUGGACCUAAGUAAGGUCCUUGAGGCAUGCCUCAAUAAUUCCUUACAUUCUCAGUAUGGACUUGAAGGUAGACUAGCUAAUAUACACUAUUGUAAGAAGGAAGGAGAUAAAGUGAUAAUAGAUCACAGUGAUAUUGCCAUGGCUGUAGUAUAUGUAGUUUUAAUUGUGCUCAACGUUGUCGGAAGCCUGUACGAUGUCUGUGCAUACAACAAAGAAGACAAAACAGGGAAUCCAUAUAUUUUGGCGUUUUCAAUACGCAGAAAUUGGCGCAAACUGACUGCCCCAAGCAAUUCUGCACGGGAACCGCGACUAGAAAGACUGAAAAUGUUUAAUGGCCUGAGAACCAUGACAAUGAUUUGUGUGCUUUUCUCGCACACGACCCUCAUCAUGUCGUUUUCAUAUGUUAAUAAUCCACUCUACAUUGAGACGUCGUAUGAGGAUCCUCUAAAACAGAUCCUUUUCAACGGCAGCUUGGUGACUCACACCUUCUUCGUGAUGUCCAGCUUCCUCCUUGCCUACAACUUCCAGUUGUACUCUGAGAAACACAAACCCAGUUGGAUACAGCUGCCGAAAGGGAUCCUUUUGAGAUGGUUACGCCUAACUCCUUCGUAUGCACUGAUAAUGUUCUCCGUAUCGACGUGGAUGCGACAUGCCUACCAAGGUCCGCUGUGGGGCCUGGUGGUGUCCAGCGAGGCGGACGCGUGUCGCCAGUACUGGUGGGCACAGCUACUCUAUAUCAAUAACUACGUGUACGACGAUGCCUUCUGUUUGCCUCAGACAUGGUAUCUAGCAGCAGACACCCAGCUGUUCUGCCUAGGUUUGCUCCUGUGUGUGGUAACUCGCAAGUGUAAGACGCGAGCCAUUCUACUGUCAGUGUGGUUCGUCAUAGCUCUAGCUAUAGUGGCUGGGCACACUUACUUCCAGGACUUGGACGCAGUCGUCAUACAGUCACCAGAAUCGUACCGCAACCUAUACGCGUCCGAUGACACAUUCCGUCUGCUGUACAUCCGCGGUCACACCAACAUGUCCACCUACAUACUGGGGCUGGCAGGAGGUUUCCUAGCCUACCACUGGCAGAACGGGAAGGACUUGGAAAAGUAUAAGAAGUACCGUUUUGUGGUGUGGUCGUUAUUCCCGCUGGGGCUAUCAGUGAUCCUCUCUGGAGGUCUGUUCUACUCCGACGGCGGGAGGGCGCCAGUCCUCCUCAGAGUGAUGUACGCCACCCUCUACAAACCUUUGUUCCAGUUCCUUGUAGUACUACUCAUACUUGCCUGCGUCUUCAAAUUUGAAUCAACGUACCGUGGUCUCCUGGAGUGGCGUGGUUGGACGUGGAUGGGCCGCGUCACGUACUGCGCCUUCCUCCUUCACACGCUGUUCCAGAGAGGAUUCAUUGGGGCACAACUACAGCUCAUACACAUGUCUGACUAUUACGUGAUGAUAGUAUUAGCGGCGAGCAUCUUCCUAACGUACAUGUGUGCGUGUGGCCUGUGGCUCUGUGUGGAGGCCCCUAUGGCCGGCCUCAUUAAGGCCGCUCUCGCGCCCUCUCGCGACGACACGGACAAAGACACGGACACUACUAAAGUGUAA